AUGGCUUGGAUUAGCGGCUUGUGCCUUGUUCGGAUAGACGAUGGUGACGGGAUAGGUGAGCGUCGUGGCGGUGGUGGUAGUGGUGCGUGGUGGUGCGUCCGUUCGUUUGUUCGUGCUCUUUAUCACCCUCCCCCCCAUCCCAUCCCAUCGCACCUCCAUCUAUCCCCUCGUGCUCACAUGCCUAUCCCCAGCCAUGACGCGCUCAUGCACACCAAUGGUGAUGAGCGAGCAAUCGCACGGGCAAAAGCGCGGUGUCGUCUGUCCGCACAUCCACAACCGCCACCACACCCAUCUCUUCCACCCCUCAUCCAUCACCAGCCCCAUCGCGCCCCUACCAUCCACCCAACAGCCCAACCCACCUCACCCCUCGCCACCACCGUCAUCACCGCCAUCAUCGCCAUCAUCGCAUCGCAUCGCAUCACGCAUCGCAGACCGCGACGAGGACAAGCAUCGGCCAAAUACUCGGCGGUGGGCAAGGAAUCCACCCGCAUCAUCAGUGAGAUCGAAUCGGGGCGCGAAGAUCGAAGAUCGAGGAUCGGCGCACGCGUGGAGCGUGCAUCCAUGCAUUCAGCGCAUCCACUAUAUGCAUGA